CAGGCAUCCUUUGACCGGCUCGAUCUCUCCAUUUCUGUCCGCCUGCGCACCGGAGGACAACGUAGGAUGAAAAUCUGCAAUCAUGAUGCAAGGACUGAAAAAUCGAACAAGGAAAGCCCUGGGCUUACGAAAGAAAGACAAGGAUACAGACGCAACGAGCUCACCUGACAAAGAAGGGAGUGGAAGCGGAAAGAAAGGAAGUAAAAAGGCCAACGGAGCACCGAAUGGUUUCUAUGGGGAGAUUGACUGGGACAGAUAUGCCUCUCCCGACGUGGAUGAGGAGGGCUUCAGUCUCCGGCCCGGUGACGAGGGUGAUGCAGCCUCCAAAGGAAAGCAGUUUUUCUCCUCCAGCGACUCAGAGGACGACGAGGACAGCAAGAAAAAGUUCAAAAUUAAGAUCAAGCCGCUGGUGUCGGACAGUGCCAAGUGUGUCCCUCCAUCUAUGGACGAGCUAAAAGCCUCAGUGGGGGGCCUGGCGCUCUCUCCAUCACUGAGGAGAAGUCCGAGACGCAGCCCGGGGCAGAUAAAAAGGAAUUUGUCCUGUGAAGAGAUUGCCAGACCCAGACGCUCCACCCCUACACCAAGUCCUGCCCCUGAGACGCUAAGUGACAGGCUGUCGCAGAACGUUCCUGCCUUUUUUGGGCUGCCUUCAGAGACCAAAUAUGCCAGAUAUGAUGUGGUCCCUACUGAAGUCUGGGGGGACUCGAGGUCGUGCUCAGAAUCACUGCUGAGCAGAAGUUUCCCUACAGGAGCUCCUCCUCCGCUUCCUCCAAAAAACAUUCCAUCAAGAAGUCAUUACGGCUAUCCUUCAGACUCUGCUGCUGAUCUACCCAAUGGAAGGGCAGCUCGCAGCUCGGCCCCCAUCUACCUGAACGUCCUGUCCCCCGCCUCUUACCGAGGCCCCCCUGCCGCUGACCUGGACGACGUGUUCGGCCCCAUGGACAGCCCCCGCACCAGUGAGGGCAUGGUGUCUCCCAGAUGGGUUACUUUCACCGAGGACAGACCCCCGCCGCCCGAUGAACCCGCCCCCCCUCCUCCACCGGACUCUCCUCCCCCAGACACGCCCUCGUCCACCCCCUCCACCCCCUGCCUCUCUCCAGGUCCGCCGCCAAACGAGCCCCCGCCUUCGCCUCCGCCGUUUUCUCCCAGGUCUCCUCCCCCUUUCACGCCACCAGACUCACCCCCCUCCAUUGUGCUCGGACCUCCUCCUCCGGAUGAACCAGCCCCCCCCCUGCCUCCCGACUUCUCCCCCUCUAAUUCGCCUCCUCUAUGCCUCGACGACGAUGCGAUCGAUGAGGAGGUGCUGCAGUUUGCAGAGUACUCGUCGUCCCCCGCUCCCAUCAGCCCCGUGCCCCCUCUGCCAGCAGAGCGGAGGUCUCCUCGGGCAGGAGUCAUCUCACCCCUGGUCCUGGCGGGCGUCGGGGGGAAGAGGACUCCUGAGGGAGCAUACCUGAGAGAUGAUAUCCCAGACUUUGUGGGUUCACCCAGAGAGCUGACGCCAAGCUUCAGGGGCACGCCGCCUCCUCUCCCUCCAACCACCUACAGGUCUAUUAUGUCUUCACCAGGGCCCUACUCAGGCAGCAGCCCCUCGUCUCCAGCUCGUCCUGCCACGCCUCAGUCUCGAGGCAGUCCAGUCCCUCCGCCUCCUCCUCCUCGACCGUCCUCGCGACCUAAGCUGCCCCCGGGGAAACCAAUCACAGACCUGUCUCGACCCUUCAGUCCACCGGUUUCAGGCAGCCCUCCACCUUUCGCCCCCCUGGCCCGGGCGGAGAGCUCUUCCUCCAUCUCCUCCAUUACUUUGCAGAGUGCAGCAUCCACUCCAACCUUAGGAAGGGACCUUAACAUGUCCACUGCAGGAUGCUCCAGAGGACCCAGUCCGCUCACAAUGGGACCCCAGGACACUUUGCCAGUGGCAGCUGCCUUCACAGAAACCAUCAACGCCUACUUCAAAGGCGCUGACCCCAGCAAAUGUGUUGUGAAGAUCACAGGGGAGAUGGUGCUGUCCUUCCCUGCAGGCAUAACCAGGCAUUUUUCCAGCCACCCAUCUCAACCCGUCCUCACCUUUAGCAUCAGCAACUACAGCCGACUGGAGCAGGUCCUCCCCAAUCCACAGCUGCUGUGCUGUGAUCCCAUAACAGACAGUGUCGACUCCAAGGAGUUCUGGGUGAACAUGCCAAACUUGAUGAGCCAUCUGAAAAAAGUGGCUGAACAGAAGCCUCAGGCGACAUACUACAACGUGGACAUGAUCAAGUAUCAGGUGUCGGCAGAGGGGAUCCAGUCCACUCCUCUGAACCUGGCGGUGAGCUGGCGAGGCGAUGCCACCAACACAGACCUUAGAAUAGACUACAAAUACAACACCGAGGCCAUGGCCGCCCCCAUGCCACUACACAACAUCCACUUCCUGGUUCCUGUGGAUGGAGGCAUUGCCAAACUCCAGGCCAUGAUCCCCCCCGCCACCUGGAAUCCAGAGCAGCAGACGAUACAGUGGAAGAUCCCCAGCCUCUCUCAUAGAUCUGAAAAUGGAGGAGUAGGGGCUCUCCUGGGCCGGUUCCAGAUGACAGAAGGUCCCUGUAGACCGUCCCAGCUGGCAGUCCAGUUCACCAGUGAGGGGAGCACUCUGUCAGGGUGCGACAUCCAGCUGGUCGGGACCGGCUACCGGCUAUCGCUGGUCAAGAAGAGAUUCGCUGCAGGGAAAUAUUUGGCGGAUAAUUAG